AUGGAGGGAAAGUUUCUCGUUUCGUUGCUGAUUUUGGGCCUGGCUUCUUCUUCUCUAGGUAUGUUUCUUCUGUAAAACAUUUUUCUAAGAUCUGAGUUUAUGCAGCAAGUACGUACCAAAGUGACGAUGUUUUUCGGUUAGGUGCAAAUUUUGUUAUGCAACAUAUUUGUUUUGACAAUACACUGUCAAUUCUUCACGUAGGAGAAAAUUUAAAGGUAAACCUAACUUUCCUAUCCUUUCCCGGAUACUGAUUUGCUAGUCUUUUAAUAGGUGAAAAACAUUACGCUCAACGAAAUUGCUGGAUAAGAACCUUUCGCACCAGCCAUGUCGUCUUUUGCAGUGCGAUGAUCCAUGUCAUCAUGAUCGAAAAACUUUAACUCAUUUCAAUUUCUUCAAGGAAUCGGUUCACUUUUUUAAAAAAUCGUAUAAAGCGAGCGCAAAAGUUUUGAAUUUGCGUUGUGUUUCUGAGGAAAAUUUUGAGGAACGUUUCAUCUGCUGUUCCUAGAUUUCAGCUGCUUCAAGUUUGUUUAUUUCAUGACGUUUCAUAAAAACCUUGUCCUGUAAUUUUAGUUUGGGGAAAGAAAACCGAUUAAAGUGUGAGCCAUUUCCACUGCAUUACCUCACGGACAUUAAAAGCACAAGAUAUCUUCACUAACGUAUUUUUCCCUAGCUCUGUUAAUUGAUUCCGUCGAAACGAAAGAAGAUGCUGCGUCAUAUAGUGUCAUCCGCAACGAAGACUUUGUUUGUACACUUCAUUGUUUAAUACUUUGAAAUAUUGUUCGUGUCCGAGUUUAGUUGUUACUUUGUUAGAAGUGAUUUAUUCUCUUUACAUUUUUCAAGGCUAUCUUCCAAAUUUAUCGAUAACAUAACUUCAGCUUAGUGGUGCGUGAUGCAUGUACGGACUGUAAGUUGUCAUAAGAAUUAAAUAGCUAUAUGCAUGUGACGUCGUCUUUACUUUGUUUCUCGCUGAAAUGUGGGAAGUGGGAUACGGUAUGCGAGAUGUGGUUGCAUGCGGAGCUUAUCCGUUAAGGUGGUAGCGGAGGCCGAUUUGGGCAUUUUUUUGUCAAUUUUAGUCGCAUCAAAAUAUUAGAAACAUUUAAUAAAAAUGAGUGAAAUUUUUGGAUGCAAGUCAUAACUGUAAGUACAUCUUCUUUAGGAUAUCUAUUUUAGGAAUUCGUGGAAUUUAUAAACAUUUUGGGUGUUGUCGAAGAAAAGCUUUUCUGUCUAUUACUUAUGGUAUGACGAAUUAACAAAGAAGAAAAAUUUGCAGUCUCAGUGGCAUGAAGCGCUGAAAUGCACAAACUGACAGACAACACAAUCAUGAACAUGUUUAAUUACUUAGCUUUGUUUUGAAAGUGCGAGUUUUCAGAACUGAGAAGUGGCCUAUUAGUUUGCCGCGUGACGUAGUGUUUUUACUUCAUUGCAUAUCAGCAAAAGGUGGACACCGUGGCCGUGACCAUGAUCGCGAUAGGUAUCACAAGAAGCAUGAUGACGACAAGAAAUGUCCUCCACUUUACACUUCUCCUGACCUUUCUAUGACAUGUUCCUCCAGCGGGGAAGGCUGUAGCAAAAUUACUUGCUCUUCACAGCUGGAUGGUCAGACAGUCACACUGAGUCUCGAGUUUAACUCUGCUGAGGGUGAAGUGAGCGCAACAAUCACUCUCAAGGUUCCAAACCUUGACUAUGAAUGGUCGCAUACUUUCAAGAGUGGAGACAAGAUCCAGGUGCCAGGUUUCCCUCUGAAGAUCAAGGGAGUGGCUAACCCAGAUAUGUACCUGAUGUUGACAGUCUACAAAGGAAGAAUGGGAGUUGCGUUCAAGGUAAUUUAUCAAUGUGAAUUAAGUGAAAUGCAGUCCUUGCAUGAAGUCAACUUGUAUAUAUAUAUAUCCUCUUAGAUAGUUUUCUGUGUGUCAGUGGCUUUGCAUGCACCUGAAAUCAAUGUAAACAGAUAAAAAUAAUUUUGUCUUUCCAAAAUGAGGUCCUGUGAGACUAAAUUUAUUCUAACAAGGGACAGGGCCUUGAAACAGCAACAUAUCAUUAAUAAUUAAUGGUGACAUAAAAACACAAAGAUGGAUUGAAACUGUGACAUUGACACAUACGAUCAACGCAACAAUAUUAUUGUAAAAUACCAACAUGGAUGGCUUGCUUCUGGAUAUCUGAAGUGACAGGUUUUGAAAUUCUGAUAAAGGACAUGCACAGACCCCUUAAUUAAAAAAAAAAGAAUGGGAACAAAUAAAGAAACCCAUGUGUCAGGUGCACAUUUUCUUUUUCUCAUGUGAAAACCUCCUUGUAGGUUUGCUUCUAUGCAUGCAAUACCUGGACCAGGAAAUUAAGCCUGUAUUUCUGCAUCUGGAAAAAUGAAAGAGCUGUUUUCUGAAUUGCAAAUUAACUGUAUAAUGUUUUGAAUACCUAUAGGUUCAUUUUUCUAAGCUAGCAGCAAAUAUGGUUUACAGUUAGGGGAGUUCUAAGGAAAUACCAAAAGUAGACACAAUUGUUUUUUUUAUUUUUUCAUUGACAGGUGGAUCUCUAUAUCAAGAUUGACAUUCCCAAACCAAUGGAUAUUGUCUUAUUGAAGGGCAAGCUGCCUCAUAUGGAUCGUGAACACGAUGAUGAGGCUCACGAGCAUCGUCGUUGGGGCAAAUGCGGCAGUGAGUAUUAAUCUUCUCAUCUGUUAGUUCCUAAGGGAUGCAUUAAAUAAUCUCCCGUUUGUGGAGAUAUAUGCAUCCCCUUCUCUGAAAGAGGGCUAUAAUUUAGUUUCUAUAGAGCAUGGUUGAUUCCUCAAUUCCUAGGAACCCAGUCAGGUCGUAAUCAAGAGUUAAAAUCCUUGAAAGAAACCUUGUGGUUAAUUUAAGGAGGCCAAUAUCCAGUUAUCAAGAAACCAAACAAGCUUGGUCAAUAAUGGAUUUAAUUUAUUGUAUGGCUAAAAGAAAACUUUUUCUGGUGGGACCAAUGUGGGAAGUCUUAAGCCAGUGUGGGAAGUCAAUCAGAACAAGAGGUUUGCUUCAUCCUGCCCGAUAAUGGACUCAUGACCAUAUAAUGAAUGAAAUGCCUUACUGAAUUUAUAAGACAGUAACUUAUUGGGCCACUCCAAAAAUACACAGGAAAAAAACAUGUACUAAAACGUCAAGUCAUUAACUCGUCCUUGUGAAAAAUUUCUGUUUUUUUGUCCAGGGUUUGCAUCCUGGUUCAAGCGCCAGUCCACCGCUGUCAAGACCAGCAUCAUUGUGAGUGCUAUCUUGGUUUCCCUGAUGGUGGUCUUUGCCAUUGCCUACUGCUGCAAGAAACGUCGCACCAGUGCAAGCAAGUUGGGCGUCAAGCCUCCAACCUAUGAAGAGGCUACAUAUCCCGUUAAAAGCAAGGUUGCAAUGGAACCACUGGUCAAUGAGGAGUAGCUUGUAGGCGCAGCUCCUUGUCACAUAUCCCAGUCUACAUAAUUAAGAAUACAUACAUGUGAAUAAGAGAAUUUGUCAAAGCAGUUUUAAGUUGCAGUAAGCUUAUUUUUAACCCCCUGGGUCGGGUUGUUCAAAGCUGGGUUAAGAUAACCCAGGGUUAGUGCAAAAUUCGAAUUCAGAUAUGAAAGCUUAAAAAGUGAAUUCAGUUUAAUUAUUUUUGUUAACAAAGUGAUGAUUGCAUGUUCUUAAAAAUAACAAAGAAAAUGUUUUUGAGCAAAAGAGAAAGAAACCUGGGUUAAAUUUGACCCUGGGUUAACUGCAAAUUGGCUGUCGAACAACUGGGCCCUGAUUAUCACAUUCGUUGGAGCUGAUGAAGGGCUAAUUAGUGCUUGAAAUGCCAGCUUUUGAAUCUCUUGGAUCUACUUAAUCAACUCAGUGGAUAAAAUUAAAUGUGUGCAUUUCACUCCACCUGCCAACAUACACUGUAGCCAACAUGUACCCCUUCAAAGUCACACAAUGCUUCCUGCCUCCAAGCAUAGGAGCGGGAAGCUUUGACUGGCCACAGCUACCAAUACCAUGCUGGAAGGGUAUGGCUACAUAAAGGCUCCAUCAACACAGUAGAACUAUUUAGUAAGAAACUUUUUUUCCCUUAUUCAUGUGGAUAGGGUCCGGAUCAGCUAACAUGAAUGCUCGUGCUAUUUUAAUCCAGGUUGUUAACCAAUAAACUAAUGGCAGCGUGCAAUGAGAGAGACUAGGUUUGGUGUUACUGAAGUUGAUCAUCCUUGUGUUGAAAGGGGUGUGUGGGUGGGGCAAAGGCUCGUGCCAUUGUUUUGCUACAGCACUUUCACCAAUAUUUCGUGAAGGGUUUAGUUUUUAGUCACAGUGUGUGGUUCCUUUGUUAUGGCAUUCUAACUCAUGCUGCAUAUGUGACAAUCACAUAAUUUUAAAACUUAAAACUGCUUGAGGCUUUAGUGUAGCUAAAAUAGUUUGUUAACUUAAUGCAAUGCAUACUGGGAAGCUCGUGUGACUUUUUUUUCACUUUUGUAAGAGUAGUGCAUUUUUGCUGUGGUGUUUACUUUUGUAUAAUUACUAUGUGUCCUGUAUUUUCUAUUCAUUAUAAUUAAAGAAGCACAAAAAGGUGGAAUUAUGUGUGUCCACUGUCUCUCCUUUCAUGUUAUUCCAAACUUGGCAGUUUGUAGGAUGGUUGUCACAUGACGUUAAUAGUUUAAAGGUCAGCAAAUACAUCACAAACACAUCCAAAUCUAAAUAUAGUCCUUAUUUGAUUGGUUGUAAGAAUGCAUACAUUGAAAUGAGACUCUUUGCCAUUGAAAUUGAUAAAUCAAAGAAUUGAGUUAAGUUUUGACCUUUUUACUUAAGAGUAUAGAAAGAGUGUUAAGAUCAGGAGCCCCAAAACGUUGGUUUUGUUAUUGAAAUUUGUUACAAGGGAAAUAAAAGAAUCUUUUGUUUCAAGAACCAAUGUGCUUCUGGUUGGCACAU